GGCAGCCAACAAGUACACUUCUGAGGACUCUUUCAAGAUUGUUAGAAAACAAUUCCAGAAGUUCAACCUUUUAACAAUGACAUCCGAAGAAGAACCCCAUCUCUUUUUUGUCAGUUGGAACACGAGAGGUAUAAAAACCCCACCACAAAAGUUUACGGAUUUGAAAAAUAAUCUCAGUGAGCUUCAGGCUGAUAUUGUCUUUAUACAAGAGACACAUAUUGGGACAACUUGUUAUUCAAUCUUGGAGAAUGUUGAAAAGUGGAAAGUCUACUUCACUGUAUACAACUCUAACAGCAAAGGAGUCGCAAUACUGAUAAGAGACACUGUAAAGUUUGAGUAUAUAUGCCAUGAUGAGGAUUGGAGUGGAAGUUACAUUGUGCUUUUCUGUCGUCUGUAUGGUGAACUAUACACUCUUGUUAAUGUGUACAAUCAUAAGGCAGAUAAAAUUCUCUUAGAUAGAUUAAAAGACUAUUUGUUGGAAACAGCUGAGGGUGUGCUAGUAGUUGGAGGUGAUUUCAACAUAGUUUUGGAUUCCAGCUUUGAUCGGAAAACUUUAUCAUUUAAGCAUUCAAAAUUGAAAACAGACAUUUUAAAUAACUUUACAGUUUCUCUGAAUCUCAGAGACACCUGGUCAUACUUUUACCCUAUUGGUAAGGUCUAUACAUGGAAGCAGAAUAACAUUUCCUCCAGGCUAGACAUGUUUUUCAUGCACAAUGAUGUAAUGGGACGAGUGUGUGAUAUCAGAGUACCACAAAAAAAAAUUUCCGAUCAUAAUCCUGUUGUUCUAGAGCUCAGAGUACACAGACAGGCUGGAAAUAAAAUUCCAAAAGUUGCCUUAUUUUUGGAUGAAUUUGGAUAUAAUGAACCACCUGACAGGAAUGUUUGUAAGAUUAGUGGGGCAGAAGUACUGAGUGCCAUCAAGGCUUUGAAUGACUGGGAGGAGGAAAGGCCCGAUAAUUUGCAAGUCUCCUACUACAAAAGGUUUCAACAUUCAAUGUCAGAAAUUUUAAAAAUAAACUACAACUUCAUGAUAAAGAGCAAAUAUGUGGUUGACCUCUUCAAAAAUCAAUUAGACGACGGACACAUUUUCAAUGUAGACUACUUGAUAUUCUCAGACAUUUUGGCAAAGCGCCUUAUUGAAGCUAUUACAUUUACUUCAAAUAGAAAGAUAAAUUGCAAAGAGCUACUCACUGUGACUAUUAAGAAACGCCCAAUGGUCAAGUCAUCUUUCCUUAGGUCAAAGCUUGAAGAGUUGAAAGAGCAUCACAUCACCUUAAAACCUAUUUCAGACAUUCUUGACAGCCUUCUCCCUAAAUUCACACGCUUUUCUCAUGAAUAUACUCGUCUGGAGAAGCACCAGCACCACGUUCGCAAGGUUCUGCAGAGUCUCCUGGAAAACAACCUCUUCAUUAAAGCUGAGAAGUGUAAGUUUCAUACAACCUCCACAACAUUCCCAGGUUUCGUCAUCGCUUUCUCCAGACUGGAGAUGGAGCCAGCCAAGGUCCAGGCCAUCUCCCACUGGCCCACGCCAGCCUCCCGACGUGACCUCCAACGGUUCCUGGGGUUCGGGAAUUUUUAUUGGCGCUUUAUUCGAGGUUACAGUUCCGUCGACUUCCCCGAAGACGCGAUUCUACUGCAACGAGGAGGCAGACUUUCGCAGUCCUCAAAAGAAGGUUCACCUCAGUCGCAAUUUUCACCAUACCCGACCCAUCUCGCCAGUUCGUGGUAG